ACAUCAGAUGUCCCCAUCAGAGUGCCUCCUCACAUCAAGGUCCCCAUCAGAGUGCCCCCGUACAUCAGGUGUCCCCAUCAGAGUGUCCCCUUACUUCCAGUCCCCAUCAGAGUGCCCCCGUACAUCAGGUGUCCCCAUCAGAGUGUCCCCUUACUUCCAGGUCCCCAUCAGAGAGUGCCGCCAUACAUCAGAUAUCCCCAUCAGAGUGCCCCCUUACAUCAGAUGUUCCCAUCAGAGUGUCCCCUUACAUCAGGUGUCCCCAUCAGAGUGCCCCCAUACAUCAGAUGUCCCCCUCAGAGUGUCUAAACUGACUGCAUCACACUGGCUCAUGAACUCACAAAGACCUGGGGGGGGGGGGGGUUUGUAGGAUUAGAGUCAGGUG